GCGCCCCUGAGCAGCGGUGGACGCGGGCACCGCACCGCACCGCACCGCACCCCGCUUGGCCGCGGCUCUCGGCUGAGGAGUUCCCAUAACGCCUCCAGGGAGCAGCGCCGCAGAUCCUUUCUAACAGCAAGUCUGCGUCUUCUCUACACCUUUUUUUAUAAGAAUUUUAAGGGAUUCUUCUUGGGGAAAGGCAGAAGUUCUUGAGAGGCAAUUUAAGCGACAGCUCUCAAACCUACUUUGGGGUCUUAAAACGAAACCGUACACCAUUUCACUGUGGACAUUACACCCUCUUUCAGAUAUGGGAGACAUGGGAGACCCACCAAAAAAAAAACGUCUGAUUUCCCUAUGUGUUGGUUGCGGCAAUCAAAUUCACGAUCAGUAUAUUCUGAGGGUUUCUCCGGAUUUGGAAUGGCAUGCGGCGUGUUUGAAGUGUGCAGAGUGUAAUCAGUAUUUGGACGAGACCUGUACGUGCUUUGUUAGGGAUGGCAAAACCUACUGUAAAAGAGAUUAUAUCAGGUUAUACGGCAUCAAGUGCGCCAAAUGCAGCAUCGGCUUCAGCAAGAAUGACUUCGUGAUGCGCGCCCGCGCCAAGGUGUACCACAUCGAGUGUUUCCGUUGCGUGGCCUGCAGCCGCCAGCUCAUCCCCGGCGAUGAAUUCGCGCUGCGGGAGGACGGCCUCUUCUGCCGGGCGGACCACGACGUGGUGGAGCGGGCCAGCUUGGGCGGCGGGGAUCCCCUCAGCCCCCUGCACCCCGCCCGGCCGCUGCAGAUGGCAGCAGAACCUAUCUCUGCCAGACAGCCAGCUCUGCGGCCCCACGUCCACAAGCAGCCGGAGAAGACCACCCGAGUCCGGACUGUCCUCAAUGAAAAACAGCUUCACACCUUGAGGACCUGCUACGCUGCCAACCCCAGGCCUGACGCCCUCAUGAAAGAGCAACUGGUAGAAAUGACUGGCCUCAGCCCGAGGGUCAUCAGGGUUUGGUUUCAAAACAAGCGAUGCAAGGACAAAAAAAGGAGCAUUAUGAUGAAGCAACUUCAGCAGCAGCAACCCAAUGACAAAACUAAUAUCCAAGGGAUGACAGGAACUCCUAUGGUGGCUGCUAGUCCGGAGAGACAUGACGGUGGUUUGCAGGCGAACCCCGUGGAGGUGCAGAGUUACCAGCCGCCCUGGAAAGUACUGAGUGACUUCGCGUUGCAGAGUGACAUAGACCAACCUGCUUUUCAGCAACUAGUUAAUUUUUCGGAAGGAGGACCUGGUUCCAAUUCUACUGGAAGUGAAGUAGCAUCAAUGUCCUCUCAACUGCCAGAUACACCUAACAGCAUGGUAGCCAGUCCUAUUGAGGCAUGAGGAACAUUCGUUCAAAUCUCUGUUGUUGUUGUUUCUGCCCUUAUCCUCAUCCCAUUGGAGAGAGUGGGAAAGUGAACGUGUUGUGACUCCGAAAUUUAGGGGGAAAGAAUAUUUAACCACCCCGUAAGAAACCUAGCAAGGAGCUGUUCCAUGAGAUGAACGGAGUCAUGUUUGAAAAGACAAGGUAAUAUGGUAGCAACACUGUGAAGACAAUCAUGGGAUCUUACUAGAAAAAAAUACUAAAAAGAACCACAAAACCCCCGCUUUUCAAUGAUCAGAGGAGGAUCAAAAAGACGUUUUCCAAAUGUAAAGGAUUUGUACUCGUGGAUCUCAAAAAAAAAAAAAAAUCUUUUCAUUUGACUGCACAUCUUAGGGAGAAACCAAGGUAGAGGGACUUUCUAUCUGGUCCCUCCCAAUCCGAAUGGUGCUGUUUCUAUAUUGGGGAUAGCCUUGCCAAAAGAAGCUCCAGUAAGUUUUCCAUCAACAGGAAAGAGACGAUUCAGCCCUGCAUUGUUGAAAGAUUCCUUGCAGGAAGAUGGAGCUGCAUUGGUUUGCAAUGUUGUUUUUAGUUUACUCUUGACAAGGGGUUGUUUCCUGGGUCUCUUCUAGCAUGUCUGUAGCGGGAUUCUGAUUUUGUUUGGUUGAGAUCCACCCCCUAUUAGGUCUGAAGUGAUUAAAAAUAGAUUUUCAAUUUCCUCUUUAAAACAAAUUUAUAAAAACAUUGCAACAAGGUAUACCUCUAUUUUGCCACAAAGCGUCUCGGGAUUGUGUUUGAAAUGUGUCUGCCCAAGAACCUUCCCCUCCCCCAAAGAUGUGUAUAGUCAUUGGUUAUAAGGACUGUUCUUCUCUCUUUCUCUUUCUCUUUCUCUCUC